CAACCAUUAUCUAUAACCAGGACAGAAAAACCUUGCUCAAUACAUAAACUAAACAAUAUCGUACAAACCGCCAUUGUUAUUUCAUAAACUAGAGUUUAUUCGGCAAAGUAAACACUAACCACCGCACUUAUAAACGAACCUCAAAACCAUUUGUAAUUUGAUACGUAAAUCCAAACCACUUGAUAUUUCAUAAAUCCAAACUCCGUGGUUUUCCUAUAACUGAAACCGUAUGUUGAAAUAUAAAGACAAUGCACAAUCACGAACAUAUACAAAACUAAAUCGAAUAAGUUAAAUAGAAACCUAAACCCAACCCAAUAGUAGAACAUUAACGUUAACUCUUUUGGUAGAAUCAUAUAUAAUAAUAAUAGCAUAAAUGUAAAGGUAAACGCAAAACAAACGAACAAGUACGUUUAUAGGUGAAGUAUUAAAAUUUUGUAUGAUUGUAAAUUUGAAAACCAGUUAUACAUAUAUAAUAAGUUCUACUAUAAUCUUAUUGUACAACAAAAACAGAAACUCAAACAUAAGAUUUAAUCAAUACAUGCAUGUCAACGUUAACCCAUAGAAGAUUGUGACACUAUCCCGAACAACACUGAUUAUAUAAAAAAAACCAUACAAUACAACCUAUUCUGUACACCCACACACUCAAUCGAAAACUAAUUCCAAUAAUUAGGAGAUGGAGUACGAGAUAUGAAAAGUGGUUCUAACCGAAUUUAAUUAACUAUUAGAUGGGAUUAGCUUUUACAGCCAGCUAUACGAGUCAUCAUCCAUAAACUAACAAAACUUAUAUUAACCAAUAUAGAGAACCUUUAAAUUGACCACAACUUUUAUCAACAAUCAAAUUGCCAACUAGAUUAGACUUUAAAAAUAUUAAUUUUUGUCUACAAAAAUCUAAAUUACAAGAAAAAACAAUAAUAUCAAUUGUAGCGACGAUAUCACCGCAAUGUAAACUCUAAACUCUAAAAUUUAAACUGUAAACGCUAAAUCAGAUAACUAAACCCUAACCCAAAUGCUAAAUCCUAAACCAAUAUUUUAUCGUAUAAACCCUUAAAGUAAACUUUAAACCCAAACUGUAGACCCUAAACCAAAACUAUAAACCCUAAACCAAACCUACUCUAAACCCAAAACUUAGUUAUGGAAUUAAUUACGGCAAUUAGAAGAAAUAUUUCAAAUUCAAAGGUAUCCAUAUAUUUUCUCAACCACACUACAAAACUACCAUUUAUAUAUUUUUAUUUUAAUAUCUCAAGCUUUUGUACAGAAAACUGAUAUAUUUAUUUAACAAUUACAUUGGACCAUAUCUGAAAACCAGUGAUAUAUAUAGAGAACCAGUAUCUAUAACCAGGACUGCAAUUCCUUGCUGAAGACAUAAACUCAAACAUAUUGUACACACUACCCUGGUUAUUUCAUAAACUAGAGUUUAUUCGUCAAACUAAUCACUAACCACCGUACUUAUAAACGAACCUCAAAACCAUUCGUAAUGUGAUACCUAAAUCCAAACCACUUCGUAUUUCAUAAAUCGAAACCCCCUUGGUUUUCCUUUAACCGAAACCGUAUUUUGAAAUAUAAAGACAAAACACAAUCACGAACAUAUAGAAAACUAAAUCAAACAACUAAUAUAAAAACCUAAACCCAUCCCACUAGUAGAACAUUUACGUUAACCCAUUUGGUAGAAUCAUAUAUAAUAAUAAUAGCAUAAAGGUAAAGGUAAACGCAUAUCAAACGAACAAGUAAGUUUAUAGAUGAAGUAUAAAAAUUGUAUAUGAUUGUAAAUUUGAAAACCAGUUAUAUAUACACAAUACAUUAGACUAUAAUCGUAUUGUACAACAAAAACACAAACUCAAAUAUAAGAUUUAAUCAGUACACGCAUGUCAACGUUAACUCAUUGAAGAUAGUGACACUAUCCCGAACAAAACUGAGUAUAUACAAAAACCCAUACAAUACAACCUAUGAUGUACACCCAAAAACUAUAUCAAAAUCUAAUUCCAAUAAUUAGGAGCUGGAGUACAAAAUAUGAGAAGUGGAACUAAGCGAUUUUAAUUAAUUACCCUAAUUAAAAUGUGUAUAUUCAGCUAAUUAACCCUUUUAAUUAACUAUUCGAUGGCUUUAGCUUUUACAGCAAGCUAUACGAUUCAUCAUUCAUAAACUCACAAAACUUAUAUUCAUCACAACUAUUUUCAACAAUCAAAAUGCCAACUAGAUAAGAAUUUAAAAAUAUUAAUUCUUUUUUUUUAAAUUCGAAAUUCCAAAAGGAAAAAAUGUUAAUUUUAGCGACGCUAUCACCGCAAUGUAAACCCUAAACCAUAAAAGUUAAACUGUAAACGCUAAAUCCAAUAACUAAACCCUAAACAAGAACUCUAAAUCCAAAUGGUAGAACCUAAACCAAAAUUAUAUCGUAUAAACCCUUAAACUAAACCCUAAACCCAAACUCUUGAACCUAAACCAAAACUAUAAACCCUAAACACAAACCUACUUUAAACCCAAACCUUAAUUACAGAAAUAAUUACGGUAAUUAUAAGAAAUAUUUCAAACUCAAAGGUAUCCAUAUAUUUUGUCAACCACACUACAAAAUUAUUUUAAAAAAACAGAGUUCGAACUACUUCAAUAGAUAAGGAAAAACAUGUGGUUUAGCCAUGUUUAUACCAUUUAAAUUCUCUAAAUAAAGGCUACGUACAAAUAGAAAAUAAUAGGAAAUAAUAUCAUAACAUAACUUAAAAUAUCUAUCCAGGUUUUAGUUGUAUAUAACAGCUAUAUGAAAAUACGACCGGGUAGAUGUAACGAAAAUUUUUCCAACUAUUUUCUUAACUAUAAUUUUGCUGGACUUCCUAAUUAUCUUUUCAUAUGUGUAUUUGCAACUAAAUAGCCCAAAUUUUAUAGCAACAAUUAAGGGAGAGGAUAUGGUUUGUAUAACCAAAUUGUAUAUUAUAUGAUAAUAUGGUAAUUGAAAGAUGUGCUUACAUAACAAUACGAUAAUAAAAAAAAAAAAAAAAAAAAAAAAAAAAAAAAAAAAAAAAAAAAACAAUACGAUAAUAGUAAUUCUUAUCCAAAAGCCGAACUGAAAGAUGUAACCAUUUUUAAAAGUAAUUUUUUGGGGUGAAUAAUGGUGUGUAAUUAUAUAAGCACGUGACGCUGUUGUGUCCAAAUUUCAAACCUAUUACGUAAUUGAGUUUCCUUCACAUGUUUAACUGAACCUGUUGUUUUAUUUUUAAAUACCGAUUUAAAAACUUAACCGACACAUAAACCGCAUACACUAUUGAAGAUAUUUUCCAUUUUCGCAACGAAGAAAACCCCUUUCAAGAGGUGCGUAAUCACUUACUUUACCAAGAGUUACUGAUGUGAAAACAUUAUUAAUUUACUAAAAAUAGGAGAAGGCCUGAGUUGUCAUUUAAAGAGGUGCGUAGCGAUGAGGACCUAAAGAUAGCUAGGCUGCGUGCAUUUAAUGAAGGGAUAUGGUUUGGAUUCUGUGGUUUUUUUUUGGCGGUACAGAGUGUGACCGGUAAGCAGAUCAUUACGAUUUGAUAUAAAAAGACACAACCUCUAAGUUCAUUUUCUACUGCACCGGGUUCUAUAAAAACAGGCUACAACAAAGCAAAACUUGUACGAGUCUUUCUAAACAGAGAGUAUUUCAGAGGUCUUUUCCAUAACGUGUAUAUAAUGCAAUUAGGGUUUGAAGUAGUAACCAUACCGUAACAAUAUAUUGUAAGAAUCGGUGGUGAUAAAUUUGACUUUCCUCAUCUGCAGAUGGCUCGCCUUGUUAGGGUGGUGAAGGGAGAAUGGAGGAAAUCGCAACAGGGAGUAUGGGCAUUCCAUGAAGAUCCAACAUCUAUGUCGCAUGCUACAUUAGUUCGUGAGAAUGAACCCAUCCAGCGGGUCCAAACCAUUGUUAGAGGGGUAUUUAACGCUACGACCCAAACUCCUAUUGGCAUAAUUUUUCAGCUUCCAGAUUGGCUUCUAGAGCCGGAUGGUGAGACAUGCCCACCUCAUAACAUAAAGACGACCAGUGACAUCCAGUUGCUGCUGAGUGUGCACUCAUGGAACACAGACCCAACACUGUGUGUAAUAAUAGGAGCAGAAGCCGUUGCUAAGUAUGACUUCAUCUGCAGGGCACCUUUCACUAUCGGAGCAAAAAAAUUUCUUGCAGACGGAAUCACCGAGGAAGAGCAUUUGGCUUCGAUUAGAGAUUUAAUAAGAGGUUAUGAGAUUACAUGCAGUACAAAAGUAUUGCACGAAAUUUUCGAUGAGGACAAGAUGGUGCUUCUAUAUCGGUUUUCUUUUGAGAUCGAGAAGGCAAAGAACUCUCUGGACCUUAACGUUGCUGUCGGUGAUGGUAGUGGAGAUCAUGUUAUCCCAGUGGUUAAUAAUCCAAACGGAACAGGGCAUGUGGUGGGAAAUAUAAAUCGGAGUGGAGGAUCUAUAGAGUUAACUGGUGGCAAUGUAUCAGGCUUUGGACAACAUGAACAAAUAAUAAACAUGAAUGAUUCAGGUAUGUAUGAUGGAUGCGGAGGAGGGUUUAUCCCCAAUUUGCCUCAAUCAUACUAUCGAAAUCCUUGGGGAGGGGAAGAAAUGAGAACUAGAUAUUGGGAAAACAUAAUGGAUUCAAGGUACGCACUUGAGCUCCAAAGAAUCUAUGGUGUUCCCGGAUCAGAACACGUUGGCUACCAAAACACUUAUCUCAUUAUUGGGAACAGCAGCAGUCCAUAUCAACAUCCACUAAUGUUUCUCAGCGAUGACUCCUCCCGCGCUUCAUCAGGACAGGAUAAUACUAACGGUGUACACCGAAGAGAGGGAAGUAUAUCUAAUAUUGGAAGUCAGAACCCGGCCACUGAGGCAAUCUUACUGCGAGGUGAGUCCUCGGUAAUGGGCGGGGAAAGGAACAUUAAAAGAGAGGCAGAAGGGAGUGUAACAGGAGCCCAAGGCAACAGUGAAGUAGUAGGAGGUUCCCUUGCUGAGACGCCAAAAGCAGAUAAUGAGGUAGAACCGGAACUAACUCCCAUUAAAGUUGAAGGCAACGACGGUGGAACAACUGAUCUCUAGAACUAAAGCAAAAAUAAUGUAUGAAGUAAGAGUGGGAACGUGUAAUAUUUUGGAAGCUAAAGUGAAGGGAAGUUGCAUUUUGGAUGUCUCAUAUCGGGGAGUACACAUAAGUUAGUAUUAACGUCAGAUGUGUGUAUAACGUAUCGAUAAUGUCAGUUGUGCGUGACUGAAUGUUAUGGUAAUGUCAGUACUGUGUAUAUUUCUAAUGCUUUGGUGGAGCAAUGUAAAAUAUGUUUAAGUAUUAUAAUUUUUUGGAUAGAAUUCGAUUUA